CAUGGGAAGAAUGAAGAUGGUAAAAAUUAUAAAACUUCAAUGUUUAUAAAAAUGAGAUUCUUUGCUUCCCUUUCUUCUUCCUCUCCACAUCCUUUCUGACACCUCAUCUCUCCCACCACCACCACCUCCGUUCCGUUCCGUUCUCCAAAUAAAAAAAAAAGAUCCUCGAUUCCGAUCCAUCACCUCCAAACUUUCUCUGAUUCUUUAUCGGAACUCUGAAGAUUUGUUAAUGGACUCCAUGUCAACGAGCUCCACCUCCGAUCUCUCUCGCCGCAAGCGUAAGAAGAAAUCUCCACCGUCUCCACCUCCAUCUCUACAAAAAUGGAGAUCGGAGAAGCAGCAACAGAUCUACUCAACGAAGCUCGUCAACGCUCUCCGCGAGCUUCGUAUCACUCAACCUUCACCAAAUCCUCGCAACGGCAGAGCCGUACGCGAAGUCGCCGACAGAGCCUUAGCCGUUGCGGCGAGAGGCAAGACGCUAUGGAGCCGAGCGAUAUUAUCCAAAGCCGUUAAGCUCAAAUUCAGGAAACACAAACGGCAGAGAAUAACGAACCCUGCGUUGACUUCAACGGUAACUGCAACCGGGAGUAUCCGGUCGAAGAAUAAAAGAGGAGCAGCGACGGUUAUGAGGAUUAAAGCGAAAGGAUUGCCAGCUGUACAGAGGAAAGUCAAAGUUCUUAGCCGGUUAGUUCCCGGUUGCCGUAAACAGACUUUGCCGGUGGUUUUGGAAGAGACUACGGAUUAUAUUGCUGCUAUGGAGAUGCAGAUUCGUGCCAUGACUGCUCUUCUCUCCGCCGUCACGUCUCCGACAGAACAUGAAGAGGGACAAACACAUGUGCUUGGUGUUUGGUGAAUUAAUGUUAUGAAUUGGAUGGCAAAUGCGACAUUGGAAGAUAUGAUUAAAGCUUUUUGUUUUGUUAUGUUUGGAGUUAGGUUUGUGAUUGGAAUUGAAUUCGCUUUGUUAUGACACUUCAAAUGAUUGUUUCUUUUUCUUCUUUUGUAAUAUGGUUAUUUGGUUAGAUUUUGGUGAUGUAAGAAGGUUAAAAAGGAAAUAAAAAAAUCUAG